AUGGACGUGGACGUGGGGGAAACGCCGACCUAUGGACCGGACCUGCCCCCGCGCACCGGGGGCCAUGAGCUGGAAGUGCUGGAAGUGCAGUUGGCACAGCGGGCGCUGCUUGGAGCAGAUGUCUGGCAGAGGCGUUUAGCGCAAAACGCCGCUGCCGCACGAGUGGGUGACGCACUGGUGCAGCUCGAAGAGGCCGACUUGGAGGAGACGGCAGUAGCAGAUGUGAUCUCCAGUGACGAGGAGUCACGGUCCAGAGCCUCCGCGGCAGUGGCCGCGGGGACCGCGGAUGAUGUGGUGGAUUUGGAGUCGCCGGCGGAGAUGCCAGCAUUGCCCAGCUUCUACGUGCACACCUUUGAGUAUGGCGAUGUAGCCAGAUGUUGCAUGGCUUGCCGCGAGUUCUUCCUUCCUGGGCAACUCCGACUCGGUGUUCUCUUGCAGUCUUCCACCGAGGAGGCCUCUGAGGCUUUGUGGAUGCACGCGCCCAGAUGUUUGCGUCGAGGGAACUUCGAAGUGACCUUGUUGGAGAGCGUGGCCUUUGAUUCAGAGCUGCAAGAUCAGGUUCGUGCGCGGGUCCUGGAGGAGUUGGCGGCCCUCCACGCACGCCACACUGAGGCACGCUGGCCUGGUCAGGCGCCCCCGCAGCUUCAGGCGACCAAGCCAUGGCAGUGUCAACUCAGAGCCGAGGCGGAGCAGAUGGGACAUUGCAUUAUUAAGUCAUUGUGGGAGGCGACCGGUCUCACCUGGUCGAUGGUCCAUGUGCCGCUCCCCGUGGUCACCUCCUCUGCGGCCUCGCGGCCCGGCCUCGCGGCGCGCUGGGCGGUGAUCGAUGCGCAACUGGAGCGCGCUGGCAGUGAGGAACUGGUGGAAGAGACCUGGGGAAGGCAUGAAGCAGUAGUGGACAAUCUCAUGGAUUUAGUCCCAUGCCAACGACUGGAGUCGCACUGUGCUGAGCCCUGCGCCGUGUGCUAUGAGGACAUGGUGCUUGGGGAGGAGGUCCGACGGCUGCCGUGCUUACAUUAUUUCCACAAGGCUUGUAUCGAUCGCUGGAUGGCAGUGAAGGCCACCUGCCCAUUGGACAACCUCAACGUGAGAGAGAUGAUCGCAAAACAAGGGGAAGCUGGAGCUGCAUCUUAG